GCGCCGGCGCCGGCUGACGGCACAGACGCUGCGGUCGCCAAAGCCGUUGACUAUCCCGGGCUGUGGUGGCUGUUCUCGCUGCCGCUCCUGCUGCUUCUGCCGCCAUGGCUCAGUACAAGGGCGCCGCGAGCGAGGCGGGCCGCGCCAUGCACCUGAUGAAGAAGCGGGAGAAGCAGCGCGAGCAAAUGGAGCAGAUGAAGCAGCGCAUCGCCGAGGAGAACAUCGUGAAAUCCAACAUCGACAAGAAGUUCUCUGCGCACUACGAUGCCGUGGAGGCGGAGCUCAAGUCCAGCACCGUGGGACUUGUGACCCUGAAUGACAUGAAGGCCAAGCAGGAGGCCCUGGUGAAGGAACGGGAGAAGCAGCUGGCCAAGAAGGAGCAGUCGAAGGAGCUGCAGCUGCAGCUGGAGAAGCUGCGGGAGAAGGAACGCAAGAAGGAGGCCAAGCGGAAGAUCUCUUGCCUGUCCUUCGCUGUGGACGCAGAGGAGGAGGAGGAGGAGGGCGAGGAGCAGGACGAGGUGGCCAUGCUUGAGGAGGAGUUGGAAAGGGAAGAGGUCCUCACGAAGAAGAGGAAACUGGGGAAGAACCCGGAUGUGGAUACCAGCUUUUUGCCUGACCGCGACCGCGAGGAGGAGGAGAAUCGGCUGCGGGAAGAGCUGCGGCAGGAGUGGGAGGCCAAGCAGGAGAAGAUCAAGAGCGAGGAGAUCGAGAUCACCUUCAGUUACUGGGAUGGCUCCGGGCACCGGCGGACAGUCAAGAUGAAAAAAGGCAACACCAUGCAGCAGUUCCUGCAGAAGGCGCUGGAGAUCCUGCGCAGAGACUUCAGCGAGCUCAGGUCGGCCGGGGUGGAGCAGCUCAUGUACAUCAAGGAGGACCUGAUCAUACCCCACCACCACAGCUUCUACGAUUUCAUCGUCACCAAGGCCCGAGGCAAGAGCGGGCCCCUCUUCAAUUUCGACGUUCACGAUGACGUGCGGCUGCUCAGUGACGCCACGGUGGAGAAGGACGAGUCGCACGCGGGCAAGGUGGUGCUAAGGAGCUGGUACGAGAAGAACAAGCACAUCUUCCCCGCCAGCCGCUGGGAACCCUAUGACCCCGAGAAGAAGUGGGACAAGUACACGAUCCGGUGAAUGCAGAGGUGGAGCGGGCUCACUUCCCCGGGUCCCCCCAGACUCCCCCUGCCCGGGUCUGCAGGACUCCAGGUGCAUGGUUUCCCCGAUCUUGUGACGUGACUGACCAUCCCCUGCCCUUGAUGCUGUCAUUUGCUGCUGUCUUCACUGCUUUUUCUUUUAUGAUAAAGAAAUGCACAUGUUAGAGUCAGAGCACUGUUCUUUAUUAAAAAAAAACAUUUUUGAGAUAAAAUUGACGUAACAAAAUUCACCAUUUUGGCCAUUUGCAAGUGUACAAUUCAGGGAAUUUAGUACAUUGACAAUGUUGUGCGGUCAUCAUCUCUAGUUUCUGAGUAUUUCUCACACUCCACAAGGAGACCCUGUGCCUAUUAGCAGCCUCUCCCCCAGCCCCUGGCACUCCCUAGCCUAUUUUCUGUCUAUGGAUUUGCCUAUUCUGGAAGUUUCCCAUAAAUGAAAUCAUACAAUUAAAAAAAAAAGCUGCAGUGAGAGAACCUGGUAUCACUUUCCCAAGUAGUUUUCAAUAGGUUUAUUCACUCAUAUACAUACAUAUUCCUGAAUCCACAUACAAUGCAAAGUUAUACAUCAGAGACUUUUAAGGUAAAUAUAUAUUUAAAUCCCUUGCUGACUUUAAUAACAUGUGAAACAAACUCUUACUUCAAGAUCUGGUAUGUGAGACUGCUUUUCUAUUUCUUCAUCUCCUAAUAAGUACUAAGAAGCAAUUUGCAUCAAUCCACCACCUACUCCUUGGCAUCCCCAAUUCCUCCAGCAGUUAUUGCGAAGGUGGCUUCGUUUUCAGGCAUGUCAGGGCUAACAGAAUGCAAGGGAACAGAAGUUUAUAAAAAGCUCUACUUCUAUAAAUACUAUAUUCAUGUUACAGACAUCACACUCCUAUCUUUGCGAGUCUCCAGAGACAUCUCAGAGUUGGUACAGCUAAAUGUGGACUACAGAAUUUACCUACAAGUAUUAUCAACCCACACAAACAUUUAUGGAACAAGUUUUUAUGUGUAAGGUUCUGAAUGUCAAGAAAAAUUACCCCAAACUUGGAAAUAGGCAAAAGGGAUAAUGGAGCGUGCUUUCAGUGUGUCGGGCAUUUUGCAGCAGACUCCCAGGGGCUUAUCUGAUGCUAAAGGCUGUGCACCUUUUACUGCCCAGGCCAGCGCGGGGGAAACUGACAUGACUAGCACGUGUUUACCGUCUUUCCCGGUUCCCCGGUUCUGUGAGGACUCCGUGCUUUUCAUUGUCUGGGCCAUUUUAUAACUCCGAGUUGUAGAAAACUAUGAGUAAUGCAACUAUUCUUGUCCAUAAAAAUGUAAUUGUGUGGAGGCGUGUAAUCGAUUGUUGUUUUAUAGAUACUGUGACCUAUUUUUGAUCAAUUUAUAAUUCAUCUCAGCGUUCCUUAUCUGAUUACAUAUGUGUGUGGUAAUUUGAUUUUUUCUUUUGAUCUGGUUAUAAAAUCUUAUUAGUUGCUGCAUUAAUUAGUUGAAUAAAUGACAUAUUUGUAUAUAAUUCAUGCUUAUAUGCUCUUUAAAAUUUAUCUUUUAAUUUAUUCUAAAACUCUGUUGGGUAGAGUUGAUUUGUAGAAAACUAAGAGCAGUGCAGAUGAUCCUUGUCUGAGGGCCAUACAGACAAUUCCAGGCUAUAGCAACGGAAAUGAACUGAAUUUCAUUGUGUAGAAAGGCAACUGAUUUCCCUCUAGUAGAAAAAACUUCAAAUGUUACAAUUCAUUGCCUGAUAUUAACCAAUUUUUUAUUUACUAGCAAGUGUAUUUCCACAUUCAUUUGACUACAUAACUCUUUUUCUCAAAUUAUCCUUUGAAUCAGUGGUUUCCUCAUUAAUUAGGGAGUUGAAUAAAAUCUUUGACACGUUCAUUUUA